GUACGUGGUGGAGCGUCGUUGGUAUGAACAGUGGAAGGAGUUUGUGGAGACCGGAGACCAGAACUCGUCGUCCUUCCCGGGUCAGAUCGACAACACUGAGCUGUUCGAGGAUCUGGACUCGUACCACCUGAAGGAGCGUCUGGUGGAGAACGAGGACUUCAUGUUGGUGCCGGCUGACGCCUGGCACAAGCUGCUGGUCUGGUACGGCGUGGUGGACGCUCAGCCGCCGCUGGAACGCAAGGUGGUGGACCUACCCAGCACCCUGAAGGUCGAGGUCUACCCUGUUGAGAUCUUCCUCUGUCUCCAUAGCAACAUGGAGAAUGUCAUCACCGCACAGUUCAGCCGCGCAGACAACAUCCAGUCGAUCCAGCGGGCGAUGUGUGAGGCAUUCGCGGUGACUGUGGGUUCAGAGUGUCGUCUGUGGAUGAAGAGUUCAGACAGCAGCUGUGAGCGUCUCAGGAACAUCCACAUGAGCGUGCUGGACGCCUGUCUCAGCUCCGGGAUGACGGUGAUCAUGGAGACGAGGAAUGCUGACGGCACCUGGCCGAGCUCCAGACCACAGAUCAUGAGGAACUCUGUGGAGGAGCAGGACUCGUACCGAGGACAGCCGGGAGUCUGUGGCCUUACCAACCUGGGCAACACCUGCUUCAUGAACUCUGCUCUGCAGUGUCUAAGUAACACGCCUCCUCUGACUGAGUACUUCCUGCAGAGCUCGUACCUGGAGGAGCUGAACUUCACUAACCCUCUGGGUAUGAAGGGAGAGAUCGCCGAGGCGUACGCUGACGUCAUCAAACAGAUGUGGUCGGGGAGGCAUUACUCAGUGGUGCCGCGCGUCUUUAAGACGAAGGUGGGUCACUUUGCGUCUCAGUUUCUGGGCUACCAGCAACACGACAGUCAGGAGCUUCUGUCCUUCCUGCUGGAUGGUCUGCACGAAGACCUGAACCGCGUGAAGAACAAAGAGUACAUCGAGCUGAGGGACGCCGACGGACGGCCCGACCAGGAAGUGGCUGAGGAGGCGUGGCGUAACCACCGGCGGCGAAACGACUCUGUGAUCGUCGACACGUUCCACGGCCUCUUCAAGUCCACCCUAGUCUGUCCCGAGUGCCUCAAGAUCUCUGUGACCUUUGACCCCUUCUGCUACCUGAGUGUCCCACUUCCUGUUAGCAAAGAGCGCGUCAUGGAGGUCUUCUACGUGUCUUUGGACCCGUACGCCAAACCUGCUCAGCAUCGGGUCGUAGUUCCUAAAGCAGGAAAAGUGUUGGACCUGUGCUCGGCUCUGUGUGAGAUGACCAGCAUACCGCCCGCCCAGAUGGUGGUGGCUGAUGUGUUCAACCAUCGUUUCUAUAAGAUCUACAAUGCAGAUGAGUCUCUGAGCUGCAUCCUGGAUCGAGACGACAUCUUUGUGUACGAGCUGAGUGUGCUGGAGGAGCAGCAGGAGGAGCAGGUGCUGCUGGCGCUCUACCUGAGGGAGCGCUCUCACUACAGAGACUACGGCUCGGGCAGCAGCUCGUACGGCACCACUCUGUUCGGACACCCGCUGCUGCUCAACGUGCCGCGCAGCAGCUGCAGCCAGGAGGCGCUCUACACCCUGUUCCUGCAGAGACUGAGGCGCUAUGUGCGUCCUCCUGACCCCUCUGAGGAAUUGGAGGAAGAGGAGGAGGAAGAUGAUGAACAGGAGCUAUACAAGACUCAGACCAACGGCAUCAGCGAUGACGAGGAGCAGGAGGGCGCAGAGAAAGCCGAACCCUUUCAGUCUGAUCUCUGCUGCGGUGAUUCAUCAUCCAACAGCCAAUCAGACGACACUGCAACAGCCAAGCCCCUCCUCGAUCAGAACAACACACAGCCCCCGCCUGACCACGGCGACGGGGAGACCAACAACAAGUCUGAGAACCCCACUGAGCCGAUCUGCAGUGCCGACACCACGGACACGGCCAAGGAUGUGAAUCCUGGAACACACUCGACCGAGGGUGCAGAAAUCAGCUCAAAACCACCUCUGCCGUCCAACACCACAGAAGAAGAACAAAAAGAGGAAGACAAGCAGGAGGAGGCGUGCUCUCCCAGCCCAAAAGCCAAUGAGCAGCCAGCAAAGAGGAGAGCGUGUCGCAAGAGGAGGAAGAGUCUGUUCACCAUCCAGGCGGUCAAUUCUAACGGGACGACUGAGAGAGGGACGGGAGAGGGAGGGAGCGCCGUGUCCUUCAGCUCUCAGCCGUACGUCGCCAUCGACUGGGACCCUGAGAUGAAGAAGAGAUUCUACAAUGAAAACGAAGCAGAGAAAUACGUGAAACACAGCAGCAUGGAGGUUCCUCAGCAGCAGACCACGGUGCAGCUGCAGGAGUGCAUCGAACUGUUCACUACUGUGGAGACACUGGAGGAGGAGAACCCAUGGUACUGUCCCGUGUGUAAGAAGCACCAGCUGGCCACUAAGAAGUUGGACCUCUGGUCUCUCCCUGAGGUUCUCAUCAUCCACCUGAAGAGGUUCUCUUACACCAAGUUCACCCGAGAGAAGCUCGACAGCAUCGUGGACUUCCCCCUCAGAGAUCUCGACUUCUCCGGCUGCCUCCUGAGGAAAAAUCUGUCCAAUGGAGAGCCUCCCAGCCGCUAUGACCUCAUCGCUGUGUCCAAUCACUACGGAGGACUCAGAGACGGACAUUACACCAGCUAUGCGUGCAACAAAGAUAACGGCCAAUGGUAUUAUUUUGAUGACAGCAAAGUGACCUACGCCAGAGAAGACCAGAUCGUGACCAACGCUGCCUACGUCCUGUUCUACCAUCGACAAGACAAGAUCAGAAAACCCACUCUGCCCGCCCCCAACACAAGCCCCACCUCCACCACCCAGCCCGCCAACGACAUCACCUCCUGCAAAGACGAGGAGGCCGAGCCGAGUGCCGCCUCUUACGUCACCAUGGAAACGGACUGAUGAAGCCCGUCUCUCGUGGUCAUGACCUCAGAGCGCACUUGAACUGUUUCAGACUCAACAUGUUUAUUUUUGUUUGUUUUUAUUGGGGUGUGAAAUCGUGACACUCAGGUAGUUUGACGCACGACGAGCUCCAUGUUCAUAUUAAAGUCGACUUUAAAAAAACAUUUUAAAUUUCUAAAGACGUUUUAAAAACAGGAAGUGUCCGACCGUUUUAAAUCUGAAAAAAGAAAUAGACAUAUUUUAGUUGAAAACAUCAUCCAGUGUUUGAUGUUGGCGUCUAAGAUCAAAGCUGAUUACAUCAUUCAUUAAAGGACCAAUCAAACGUUCAAUUCAAGAAGUCACUGGGCCCGCUCUCGUCUGUUACCAUGGAAAUGACCAUCAGACGACAUCGACCGUUUCAACCCAAUGACGUCAGAGAAAAUAUUAAUGACUCAUCUUAAUAAAUAAUCAGCUUUUAUUUCAUAAUCUACUUCCUGUCUCCACAGGCGCCGUUUUCUUGUUUUCAAAGCAACUAACGCUCGUCAAUGUCACUUCUCCCUCACUGACCACUGAAUCUAGAAGGGGCGGGGCUUCUGAUAUCAGCUUUGUCAACAACAAUGGCGGAGGACAUGCUGGUCUGCCUCGUCUUCAUGUUUUCUUAAAAUGAAAGUAAAUAUUAAACACACCUGACGUUACAGAGGGAAACAGAAGUUCACUUUAGUAACCAUAGCAACGAGGAGUGCUGGUGCAAAGCACUCGAGCGGAGGUGGUGGGUGCUCUUAUAGAAAUUAUAUACGGCAGAGCGUGAGGGACACAUUCAACAACAGCAUUCACACGUUUCCUCUUCAAUGAUGCUAAACACAGAGCUGCUGUGAUGAGGACCAAUCAGAGCUGCUGUUGCUGCCCCACAUAUUGAAGAUAAACCGGGUUAAGGUGUUUUAUGUUGAGGAUGCCACAUUUUCAUUGACGAUAAAUCAGCUGACCUCAUUUAACUGAUGUUUGUAAAUAAAAGCUCUUCAGCUGAAUCUCCUUAACUUGGACCAAUCACGGCGUGCUAGGGAUUAUGGGUCAUUAAACUGAGCGUGUAUUUAUUUCUCGUUAAUCUUUCCGCUGGAGCGUUGACUUUUUUGGGUGAUUUGGGACUCUGAGAAUCUUUGUUCAUAUUUAUAGGUGACCUUUGGACUGAAGGUCAAAGGUCACAAUGGAUGUGUGGGCAGAGAGGUGGGGCAGGGUCAAAGGUCAGCUGUGUGGGCUCUGUACAGUAUUUUUCUAUUAAGAAAUGUAUUAUUAAAUUACAGUGCGAGGGGGGCGGGGCUGAAUUAUUUUCUUCGGUCUUCCCGUCAAAUAUCAGAUGAAAAUAUUUUAUUGUACUGUCGAUCUUUUGAUAUGAAUAAACGGAAGAUUACCAUGA